AUGACAGCUAUCUUUCAUGACAUGAUACAUGGGGAGAUGGAAGAUCACGUAGAUGAUAUUGUGGUAAAAUCAAAAACUAGAACAGGACACCUCCAGGUACUUAAGCAAGUUUUUGAAAGACACAGGAAGUACAAACUACGCAUGAACCCCAUGAAAUGUGCCUUCGGGGUGUCUGUUGGAAAGUUCCUUGGGUUUCUAGUACAUCACAAAGGCAUAAGUGUAGAUCCAGCUAAGGCCACAGCCAUCGCCACAAUGAAAAGACCGACAACUGUGAGGGAGCUUAAAAGCUUCCUGGGAAGGGUCUCCUAUAUUAGGAGAUUUGUUCUUGGAUUAGCUUCAAUUACGACGGGUUUAUCCAAACUGUUGAAAAAGGGAACUAAGUUCACUUGGGGAACGGAACAACAGGAGGCCUUCUAG